GCCAGCGCUGAGCAGUGCCUUUCGGGAAGUGUAGUUUCCCUGCUGCUCUGCGCGAUCGUGGUUUUCGGCGGUCGGGCAGUAGAGCUCCAAGGCCUGGAGCUGUCAUAUGACCCGCCCUUGUGCCACGAAGAGUCCAGAUCUCCAGUCCUUGUCUUCAGGUGGGACCGAGGCCCUGAGAGGAAGUCACUUACCAGAGUGUGUAGGUUCUUCCUCCAGGGCUUUGGGCAGACCAGUGAGACCUGACCCUCCUGUCCCCUCUCCUCAUCUGCUUGUCUGAGUGGGCCCCACACUGACCAGGAGCGAAUUCACGGUGGGUCCAACAUGAACUGGAAGGUUCUUGAACAUGUGCCCCUGUUGCUGUAUAUCUUGGCAGCAAAAACACUAAUUCUUUGCCUGGCAUUUGCUGGAGUGAAAAUAUACCAAAGGAAAAGACUGGAAGCAAAAGAGCAAAGACUAGAAGCUGAAAAGAAGGAUCAAACAGAGAAGAAAGAUAACUAAAGGGAAAUCAAAGGUUUUGCAAUUUAAAUGUCAGCUGGAGUGGAUUCCAACUGAGAAGAGAAGAGAGACUUAAUCAUUGAUCACUGUGUCAGAGGAUAACUUUGCAAUCCAUGGGUGUAACUUAAAAUUAUGUGACUUUUUAUAUGCUUUAAAAGAACCACUGUUUUGUUACUAAAAUACCUUUGUGAAGAGGGUGUCCCCUGGUCUCUGGAAUAAGCCAGAGUCUGUCUGUCUCACAGACACCCCACUCCCACCCCGCUGUGUUGUGCGAGGAGAGAAAUUUGCAAACCGCCAUGUCUGCUGGCAUUUCCUCCCUAUGGGUGCCAGAUCAUGGGUGCACAGAGGAUGGGGCUGCAGGAGAAGUGGUGUCUGCUCAGGGUGGGGUGGGCGCCUCUGCCCCACUGCCCUCCCCACACAGUACAUUCCUUUUCUCCUCCCUCUUGUUUUAGUUACCCCCUUUGGGUGAAGGGCGGCUGUGCAUGUACCCGGGGUGCGCUGUGAGGGUCCUCGGGAGGAUUGCAAGGAGAUCCCUGUCAGCCGCAGUGUGUGCCCUGUCUGCUCACUUCACCAGACCCCUUGGGACGGGGUGGCAAGAGCCGGGCAUGCUUUGUCCUCCCCUCAAGUUUGCUGAUAAAAGAGGCAAGGUGGGAUGUACCAGGAGACAUCCAGAAUUCAGAGUGGGAUGGGUAAGAUUUUUUUUCUCAGCACCUAACAUGUCGAGAUCUCUGCUAAGGGUUUCUGUAUGAGAGUGGCCGGAGCAAGGAAGCGGUAGCCAGAGCCGUACAUGCGGUGGAGUGUGUGGUGUCAGUGCUGGUGGGCACAUGGAAAAUUUGCACGAGUGUGUUACUAGGUGACCACCCACCCCGCCCCACAUUCAUAGAACCGUGACUUCCAAGACUUUCAAACAGGAGGAGUAAAGGAAAUUACCUUUCCUACAUUUUACUGUAAUUGCUGGGUGCUCAUAAUCACAAUUUAGAAAGCAGAGUUUGCAUAGGAUCAAAGUUGUAAGCUCAAAAUAGACCCUGUAAACUACCAACCCAAAGUGUCUUAGGUUGUUCCUCCCUUGAUCUCUCUACUUGCCUUCCUAAUGAUUAAAAAAGGGAAUAGAAACCUAAACUGUUUUUAUUAGAAUGUUUUUGUUUUCAAAUAAAAAUAGCUCCUGUUGGUU